CUGCAAUUGACUUGUGUCAUCGGCACGAACAGAGGAACUGAUUGAUUACCACAUUACAGAACAGAACAGCAACUGAAAUACCUGGAGUCAUUGUACUGUAGACUGCAUUCGUAUCCUGAAAAUAAGCGCACUACGUACUACUCGCACGAAAUGUCGUCGAAUCGAUCCUUGUCCGAAAACAAUGGCGGUGCGAUCCCAAUCACCCGCGACGACGAUCCCGAAGCGCAAGGAAGGGUAAUUGACACAAUGGAAGAAGGUCGGAUGUCUGCGUCCUUGGAACUCGAACCGCGUCGCGAAUCGCUGCUGCGAGAGGACUCGGUGGACAGGUCCUCCUCCAAUAGAAGCAGUGCCAAUAGCAGCCGCGACGACGAAGGAAGGGCUCGAGCAGUCACGAUGAUCGGCAGCGUCGCCAAUUUAUGUUCCGCUACGCUGGGGGCCGGAAUGUGAGUCGAGGAAAAGAGAACAAGGGAACCAAAAAAGGAAGCUUCUACUGUGCUGCAAAAUGAUACACGACAAGCAACCUUCUUCUCACUCCACUGCUAUUCAUUUUAUUUUUCCCUCAACUCUGUAUAUAGCCUGGCUCUGCCGUUUGCCUUUUAUCAAGCCGGGAUUAUAUGUGGCGUGUUGCUAUUAUUGAUAAGUGCCCUCGCCACCUCGUCCUCCAUCGGACUGCUGGUGGAAGCCUGUGAUCGCUACAACCUCUCGACCUACGAAAAAAUCGUCGAAAAGGGGCUCGGCCGAAACGCGAGAAAGCUUGUCGAAAUCUCUAUACUGGUAUUUUGCUGCGGAACCGCCGUCGGCUACGUUAUCGCGGUAGGGGACAUCAUGGAGCGGGUGGUGCCGUCGCUGACGACCUCCCAGAAGCAGCUUUCCAUGUCACUGGUGUGGUGUGUUGCGAUGCUUCCCCUGUCGUGCCUGAAAACAAUGAGGAGUUUGGAAUGCGCCUCCUCCGUCGGAAUCCUGAGCAUCGGAACCCUGCUGGCGGCGGCCGUGGUACACUUGGUGCGUGGGGACGGUAGCGGCGGCCGAGGCAAUGAUUAUGGCUACAGCGACGACGAAACGCUGCUGGAGAGUUUUUCGUCCGAGCCGGCGUCGAUCGCGUCCCUGCUGGGUCCCGCGGGUGGGAGCUGGGUGUCGGUGCUGCAGGCCUGCCCCAUUUUCUUUUACGCCUUCAGCUGCCAGGUGAACGUGGCCCAGAUUUUCGACGAGCUGCCCGCCGUCCGCGGCGGGGAAAAACUCCCCACCAUGAACCGAGUCACCUCCACGGGGGUCCUGGUGUGCGGCCUGCUGUAUGCGAGCGUGUCGCUCGUGACGCUCGUCGACUUUGGCGCCUCCGUCGAGCCCAACGUGUUGUCGAACUACGACCUCGGUCGGGGCGCUCAGCCCUUGCUGCACGCCGCCUUUCUAGGAAUGGCACUGGCGGUGGUCAUGGCGUUUCCUCUCAAUAUUUUUCCGGCACGUGUCAGCCUGAUCCAGAUGUGGGAGGAAACCACCAAAGAGAACAACAAUGCGUCGUUGUCGUCGUCUCUGCCACCCGAAUUCGAGGCGGUCCGACAACCAUUGCUAUCGGAGGAACACCGGGCGAACGGCGGUGGCCUGGACUACAAUUCCGACGGAGAGAGCUCGGGUGCGGCGGGCAGCGGAGAAGACCCAUUGCACGACGAAACAGGAAGCCACGACGACGUCGACGAACCCGGGGGCUUCCGACCCGUCCGGCACGCGUUUGUCACCCUGCUGCUGGCAUCCCUGGCCCUCGGCCUGGCGCUGGUGGUCCCCAACAUAUCGGUGGUCUUUGGACUGCUCGGGGGAUCCACGAGCUCCCUGCUGGGCUUUGUGGUGCCGGGACUCCUGGGGCUGAAGCUGGACCAUACUCGGGUGGGCGCCUGGGUCCUGGUGGUUUGCGGGAGCAUGAUCGGGAUCCUGACCACCGGCGUGACGAUCUACUCCAUGGUCCAUGCUUCCUAAACAGAGCGGAAUGGAAUGGAGCGGUGCGCACUCUACCAAAUCGACAACCACUUGCCGUACGAACAAUCCUUCACUGACUAAUAAUAAAUAACAUAGAGCGAUACAAUAGAACAAAAAACAAACG